UUUUUUUUUUUUGAGUUCCUAGAGCCCCCACCCAACUUGGGCAAAGAUGCUCCCUACUCACUCGAGGCAGUGGCAGAAACCACGCAGCGAAGUUUGACUGCGGCGCACAGAUCGGCAGAAAGCCGAGUUUUGCUUCUCCAAGUCCGGGGUGGGGGAUGUUAGCGGCCAACAGCUGAUGCAGCAGCGGCUAAAAAUGCCUCAUCUACAGACCUGGGGUCAAAGGGUCUUGGUGCAGGCUCUCUCCACGGAAACCUGCUGGCGCCGCCCUUGAAGAAGCUCCGCCCCAUGACCGCAGAAGGGGAGCGUCCAGCCGCGGACCUGCAGCUACCUCUAUAGCAACCGCAGCAGGUCCUUUCGUAUCAACGCGUCACGUGCUUGUUUCUCAGCCAGUAAUGGCCGCAGGCAGCUUCUCCCGAUUCCCGAGGAAGCCUCUCGAGGGUGGUCUGACCUGCGGGCCUCUCUCCUUCCCUCAAUUCCGCCGUCCUACCAGCGGUCUAGACGGUCCCAGGCUGCCGCGUGAGCCCGCGUGCGCCCCGGUGGCGCGCUAGGACCCGGGCCUAGUGACCGGCCCUUGGAGCGCCACUUCUCCAGGACGGACCGCUGCCACGUUCGCGUGGCGUGGGCCGGAGGGUGGGGCUUGACUGCCAAUGGGCGGAACCUUGGUCUGAAUAUUGAGGGUAGGUCCUGGUUACUGUAGGGCGGGGCCGGUAGAGAGCGCAGCGGUAGCUUCUCCGCGCUAAGCGAACCCGCUCAAUCCGCGAGGCUCCGCCUCUGCUCACGUGUCCCCAUUCCAGCCCCGCCCCACACCGGAAGUUCCGGUGGCGGAUCGCCGACCGGGCGGAGCUGAUAGCUGCGCGGGCUGCGAGAUCUAGGUGGCCGGGCGCGGAGCCCAAGCCGUGCCGCGCGGCGCCAUGAAGGGCAAGGAGGAAAAGGAGGGCGGCGCGCGGCUGGGCACUGGUGGCGGCGGUAGCCCUGAUAAGAGCCCGAGUGCGCAAGAGCUCAAGGAGCAGGGAAACCGGCUCUUCGUGGGCCGCAAGUAUCCGGAGGCGGCGGCCUGCUACGGCCGCGCCAUCACCCGGAACCCACUUGUGGCAGUGUACUACACCAACCGGGCCCUGUGCUAUCUGAAGAUGCAGCAGCCUGAACAGGCACUUGCUGACUGCCGGAGAGCCCUGGAGCUGGAUGGGCAGUCUGUGAAGGCGCACUUCUUCCUGGGGCAGUGCCAGCUAGAGAUGGAGAGUUAUGAUGAGGCCAUUGCCAAUCUGCAGCGAGCCUAUAGUUUGGCCAAGGAGCAGCGACUCAACUUUGGGGACGAUAUUCCUAGUGCCCUUCGCAUUGCUAAGAAGAAGCGCUGGAACAGUAUCGAGGAACGGCGCAUCCACCAGGAGAGUGAGCUGCACUCCUAUCUCACCAGGCUCAUUGCUGCUGAGCGAGAGAGGGAACUGGAAGAGUGUCAGAGGAACCACGAGGGUGAUGAGGAUGAUGGCCACAUCAGGGCCCAGCAGGCCUGCAUUGAGGCCAAGCACGACAAAUACAUGGCGGACAUGGAUGAGCUCUUCUCUCAAGUGGAUGAGAAAAGAAAGAAGCGAGAUAUCCCUGACUACUUGUGUGGCAAGAUCAGCUUUGAGCUGAUGCGGGAACCCUGCAUUACACCCAGUGGCAUCACCUAUGACCGCAAGGACAUUGAGGAGCACCUGCAGCGCGUGGGCCAUUUCGAUCCUGUGACCCGGAGCCCUCUGACCCAGGAACAGCUCAUCCCCAACUUAGCCAUGAAGGAAGUCAUUGAUGCUUUCAUCUCUGAGAAUGGCUGGGUAGAGGACUACUGAGACCCCAUGUCCUGCCUGGCACCCUGGCCCAGGAGGGUCUGGAGGCAGAAGCUCCGGUCCCUGUAUAUAGUUUGUGUCCCUGGGCCUGCCCCCAUCGGUCCUGAUGAUGGGUUCUGAACUGCUCCCCUUCUCAGCAUACCCCUUGCUGGGCCAUGAGCCUCCCUUGUCCCCCUUCUGGGCUGGAGAGCUGGUGAGGGUGGGCUGAGGUUGCUGCUGCUGCCACUGUCCUGUAAUAAAGUCUGUGAGCACUACA